AUGGCUAUUUUCCGUAACUCUUUGAUUGCUACUGCUUUGACCUUGUUGUUCUCUGCCUCUACACACGCUCAUGUCACUCUGAAUCCCAAGUUUGCUGAACCUGGUCAAAACCUCACUACUGCUUUCCACGUUCCUCAUGGCUGUAAUGGAUCUGCUACCACUGGCAUUACGGUUACUGUGCCUGAUGCUAUCACUGUUCUCACUCCUGAACAAGUCAACAAUUGGACAUUAACUACUACUUAUCGUGAUGAAUCAAACACCACAGUUAGCACCAUUACUUGGAAUAAUGGCUACUUGGAUCCUAAGGGUGCCAUUGAUUUCCCCAUGACCUUGUCUCUUCCUAACUCUGACUUGAGCUCUCAGCCAAAUGUUACUUUGUACUUCCCUGUUGUGCAAACUUGUCAAGUUGGAACUGCCAACUGGACAGCUCUUGGUAAUGACCAUGAGGGUGAGCCUGCUCCUACCAUUGUCAUUGUCAAAAAUGCUACCCAAGCUGCUGCUGAUGCCAUCGCCAUCAAGGCCAACGCUACCGCCUCUGCCUCUGCCUCUGCAAGCGCUAGUGGUGCUGCUGCUACUCAGACUGGCUCUGCUGCUAGCAGUAUCUAUGCUGGUAUCUUGCCUUUUGCUGCUGCUAUUGGUGCCCUUGCCGUUGCUCUCUAA